GCCUUCAGCCAUUAUAUACAAAUUUUUGGAACAUAAGGACUUUCAUUGCACAACUUUUUAUUCAAGAAAAUUUUGGUAUUUUGUUUAACUGUUUGAUUCAAUGGGUGAUAAUGGGUCACAACAUGAGCCACCGAAGCGAGUGGUGGUUUGUGGGGGAGGAAUUAUCGGAGUUUGCACAGCUUACUAUUUAGCAAAGAAAGGAGCUAAGGUAAUUCUCAUUGAACGAUCAGCCAUAGCUGGCGCGGCAUCAGGGAAAGCCGGGGCCUUCCUUGCACGUUAUAUGUGUGACGGCGGGCCACUUUCAUCUUUGGCCCGUACCAGCUUUGAUCUUCACGGUUCACUAGCUAAAGAACUUGAUGGAGCUCGAUCCUAUGGUUACCAGCCCUUUACAACCUUCACUCUCGUUUCAAAUGAAUCAGACCAGCCAUCCAAAGGUUCUAGCUUACCUUCAUGGAUAGACGGCCCAUUUAAGCAAGGAGAAAUCACGGGUACUACAGAGACCACAGCCCAGAUCCAUCCGCGGUUAUUCACAUGUGCUUUAUUAGCCAAGGCGGUGAAGGAGUAUGGGGUGGAGGUUGUGAUUGCCAAAGUGGAAAGUGUAGCAGUGGAGGACCAGAAAGUGGCGGUGAAGCUGGACAGAGGUGGAGUUAUUGGUGGUGAUGCGGUGGUUUUGGCUCUUGGGCCGUGGACUAGUAAGCUUCCAGGGAUAUCGUCUAAAUUUAGGGUGUAUGGUAAGAAGGCGAAUAGCAUAGUACUGGAAUCUAAAGAUAGUGAUAUAAUAACUACUGAUGUGCCAGUUUCUACUUACUAUCCAGAAAUUGGAUUUCCAAAUUUCUUUCUGCGUCCUACAGGAGAGGUGUAUAUCUGUGGACCGUUCCCUGUGGACGCCGAGGUCCCUGAUAGCCCAGAGUUGGUUUUUCCUGACCCAGAAGUAAUGCAGAUGCUCAAGAGAGCUGCAGGUAUAGUCUCGAGCCAUCUUGCUGAAAAUAGUGUGACGGUGAAAAAUGAACAAGCUGGCUUGCUGCCUGCCACAGAUGAUGAGUUACCAAUCAUGGGCGAAAUUCCAGGGAUGAAAAAUUGCUACGUGUCUACGGGACAUUGUUACUGGGGCAUUUUAUUUGCACCGGUUAGCGGUGUUGCCAUGGCAGAGCUUGUGAUAGAUGGUCAAGCUAGCAUUGUUGAUCUUAGUUGCUUCAGUCCUAAUAGAUUUGCUGGUAAAGAUAAAUGAUCAGCUUAAAUCUUAUUCGCACACAUCGUGUCUGUUUUGAUUUCUUGAAUGCAAUGUUGUUUUAAAAUUUUAUCAAAAGGCAAAGUGACAUUGACCAUUUCACAUA